ACGGAGGAAACGAGUGGCGAUGUGAAAUCGUCAGCCAGUUUAGGAUUCAAGAAAAACUGCUUUAUUUAUAGUGUAUAUAAACUACUGAUAUAUAUUCAUAUAUACAAUAUAAUACUUCACAGUAAAAUUUAAACAAGUGUCCGCAAUGUCGGCCCAAGCUCAAAUGAGAGCUCUUCUCGACCAGUUAAUGGGGACGGCGAGGGAUGGUGAUGAGACUCGACAGAGGGUGAAGUUCACAGAUGAGCGCGUCUGCAAAAGCCACCUCCUGAACUGCUGCCCCCAUGACAUUCUCUCUGGAACACGCAUGGACCUGGGCGAGUGCUCCAAAAUUCACGACCUGGCACUGCGAGCAGAUUAUGAAAUUGCCUCCAAGGAGAGAGAUCUGUUCUUUGAGCUGGAUGCUGUGGAUCACUUGGAGUCCUUCAUUGCAGACUGUGACAGACGGACAGAACUAGCCAAGAAACGUCUUGCAGAAACUCAGGAAGAAAUAAGUGCUGAAGUUGCAGCAAAGGCUGAGAAGGUGCACGAGCUGAACGAGGAGAUCGGGAAGCUGCUGGCCAAAGCAGAGCAGCUGGGUGCUGAGGGCAAUGUGGACGAGGCACAGAAGGUCCUGCAGGAAGUGGAGAAAGUCCGCAGCAGGAAGAGGGAUGCCGAGGAGGAAUACAGGAACUCCAUGCCGGCCUCCAGCUUCCAGCAGCAGAAGCUCCGUGUGUGUGAAGUGUGCUCCGCCUACCUUGGUCUGCACGACAACGACCGGCGGCUGGCUGAUCACUUCGGGGGCAAACUGCACCUGGGCUUCAUCCAGAUCCGAGAGAAGCUGGAGCAGCUGAAGAAAGCUGUGGCGGAUAAGCAAGAGAAGCGAAACCAGGAGCGUCUGAGGAGGAGAGAAGAGAGGGAUCGAGAGGAGAGGAUGAAGAGGAGAACAAGAUCACGGAGCAGAGAGCGUAAAAGAUCUCGCUCUCGGGAGCAGAGGAGGCGCCGUUCCCGUUCUGCCUCGCGGGAGAAACGCCGUUCCCGCUCGCGCUCCAAAGAGAGGGAGAGACGCGACAGGCACCGCAGCCGUUCCCACAGCAAGGGCCACCGGCACAGCCGGGACCGGGACCGUGACCGUGACCGAGACCGUGAACGCGACCGCAGCUCCAAGCACAAGUCUUUGCGGGAUCGGGACCGCGAGCGCUCAUCGCAGGACAGGUCGCGGGAGCGGGACAGGAGGAGGACCUCGGAGGGGAUGAACGGGAGGGCGGAGGAGAGGGAGAUCGGAGAGAUCUGAGUGCCUAGCUCCUUUCCACUGUGCGUCCACAAACUGCCCUGCCGCCGGUAAUCCUGGCCCCCGGCUCUGCAUUCCCCCGCAACAUCAUGGCUUCUUUAGCUCACCUAGAUAUAGUUUUUCUUUGUUUUUGUACUUGUAGGGGCAGUUUCACUUGUCAAUGUUUUUUUUUUUCUUUUUGUGUUUUUCAUGUGGAUUUAAAUGAAGGGCAGAUGAGGAUUUAAGGAUUUUAGAGACGUAUCUGACGUUUAGCCAGUAGUAUUGCGAAUAAACUUGUUUUUGGUUUUGUAUUUUACAUUUCCAUAAUUCAUAAAUUUGAGCCUAACUGUUGUCUUGAAUGAAUGUCGUCCUUUCAGAUUGGGAAAGAAGUGUAAUGUGCUUACUUCCUGUCUGCCAUUUUAAAAGUAAAUCCAGCCUGUUGGAAGGAUUAAAUGAAUUUUUAUGUCCCAGAUGUCUCAUGUAAAAGGUUCCAAUUGUAAUUUCCUGCUGUUGGGUACGAAUUUGAUGUCAUUUUAUUUUUUAAGUAUUUGCCCUUCAAACAUUUCAUGUAGUGAGAAAGGACACGUGUGUAAAGUCAUAGGUGAAGCUAACAUCCAAAAGGUGACCUCUGUUUGGAGGGAAUGGAUUUGAAAUGUGGAUUUUAACUUGAUCUGUAAAUGUAUCCUGUAUUAAACAUUUUUGUGGUUAAGAACAUAUGACCCCAUGAAACGAUAUUGAUAUUGUACAUUUU